AUGAAUUUUAUAGGACAAACUACGCAACUACCUAAUUAUUAUUGUAGUGAAUAUAAUGCCUCUAUUCAGUUCACAUUAUCUUCAUCAUCUCAUUCAGCAUGGAAUCCAACAUCAAAUUGUUCUUUACAACAAUGUAAUACAAGCUUGAAUGGUAACAAUAAUUGUCUCUCGUCAUCAACACCUUGUUUUGAUUAUCGAACAAUAAAUAAUAUUAGUUAUUGUGCACCUGGUAUUUUAUGUUCAAUAUUAGAAAGAUGUGAUAAUAUUACACAAACAUGUUUAUCAAAUAAUUCAAUAUGUGUUAUUAAUUCAUGUUGUUCAUCACAAGCAGUAUGUUUACCAUUCUCAGCAACAUACAUGUGUAAAACAGGUAUUAAUACAUAUUAUUUAAAUUCAUCACUUCAUCAUACUCAACUAGAACAAUUAAUUUCAUUUAUAGUUAUAAAUAAGGUAUCAUUCAUUUGAUGGUUUUCUACUGGCAAUAUGGCUAAUGCACGGAGUGCUCACACAUCAUCUGUAUUAUCAAAUGGAAAAGUAUUAGUCACUGGUGGAUUUUUUAACACAAGUGGUUUAAAUAGUGCUGAGCUGUAUGAUCCAUCAACAGGUGCUUGGACCACUACUGGUAACAUGAUUAAUGCACGACGAGAUCACACAGCAUCCAUAUUAUCAAAUGGAAAAGUAUUAGUUACAGGUGGAAUAGGCAAUAGUAAUAAUGUUUUAAAUAGUGCUGAAUUGUAUGAUCCAUCAACAGGUAUUUGGACAGCUACUGGUAACAUGAACAAUGCACGACAAUAUUACAAAGCAUCUGUAUUAUCAAAUGGAAAAGUAUUAGUUAUUGGUGGAUACAAUAGCGGUAGUUAUUUAAAUAGUGCUGAAUUGUAUGAUCCAUCAACAGGUACUUGGACAACUACUGGCACCAUGACCAAUGCACGAGAAGAACACACAGCAUCUGUAUUAUCAAAUGGAAAAGUAUUAGUUACUGGUGGAUACAAUGUUAAUGAUGGUUAUUUAAAUAAUGCUGAAUUGUAUGAUCUAUCGACAGGUACUUGGACAAGUACUGGUAACAUGAUUAAUGCACGAUGGUUUCACACAGCAUCUAUAUUACCAAAUGGAAAAGUAUUAGUUACUGGUGGAGCCAAUGGUAAUAUUACUUAUGAUAGUGCUGAGUUCUAUGAUCCAUCAACAGGUAUUUGGACAACUACUGGUAACAUGACUAAUGCACGAUCUGCUUACGCAGCAUCUGUAUUAUCAAAUGGAAAAGUAUUAGUUACUGGUGGGGAGAAUUAUUAUGGUUUUUCAAAUAGUGCUGAAUUGUAUGAUCCAUCAACAGGUACUUGGACAACUACUACUAACAUGAAUAAUGCACGAUCUUGGCACACAGCAUCUGUAUUAUCAAACGGACUAGUAUUAGUUACUGGUGGAUAUGAUAAUGGUGGUGCUUUACAUAGUGCAGAAUUAUAUUAA